CAUUAGUAAAAAAUGGAAAUGUUUUAUCUGAUGUUGAAGAAUUUCAGGUUGAACUAGUAAAUCCUGAAUAUGAGCAAAUAUCAUUAUCAUUGUCAGAAACUAAGCCACUUGAAGAUGAAUUAGUCAAUGAGGAUGAUGAAUUUCCUGAAAUUGUAUGUUUUACAUCCCAUCUUCAUAUAAAAAAUAUAAUUCAUUCUAGUGUGCCUAUAGAAUAUCUAUCAACUUCGCCAAAAGGUAUUGCAACUAUAUUUCAUGUUGCAGAUUGGACAGAUCAGAAUCAUGCAUGGAAAAAUUAUCAAUAUCCUGAUUUUCAGUAA